AUCAUUGUCAGGAAUAUGGGCUGGAAUCUUGUUGGUCCUGUUGUUCGAUGCCUUUUAUGGAAUGAUAAGAAAGAUAAUAAAAGAAAAGAUUAUUUUCUGAUGCUUGAGUUAUUGGUAAAGUUAUGUAAUCCAAAGGAAUUAUUGUUGGGUUUGCUUGAACUGAUUGAAGAGCCCUCUGGAAAACAGAUAUCCCAAAUUAUUCUUCUUUUGCUUCAGCCAUUACAGACAGUGAUUCAGAAACUUCAUAACAACAAGGCAUAUUCAGUUGGAUUAGCAUUGUCUACUCUUUGGAAUCAGCUCUCUCUUCUUCCUGUUCCAUAUACAAAAGAACAAAUACAGACAGAUGAAUAUGGCCUUUGUCAGUGUUGCAAGGCCUUAAUGGAUUUCACUAAACCUUUUGUGGAAGAAGUCAUUGAUGCCAAAGAACGCUCACUGGAAAAUGAAAAGUUAAGAGAUGAAUUACUGAAAUUUUUUUUCAAAAGCUUGAAAUACCCUUUGCUGACAGCACAAUUCCUUGAACAGCCUGAAGAAGCUGGAAAUGAUCCAUUAAGGUGUUUUGCAUCUGAAAUAAUA